AUGUCCGGUAAUCUACCAAAUACCCCUCUUGCCGCUGCUACCAUAGCCUUUCUCCUGGGAUCAGUAUUCUGCUUUGGACUUUUGACUUUUCUGGGAGGAUUUUCCCUGUGGUGGUGGACCACAUAUCAACUUGGAUUCUUCAUUGCUGCAUGGUCAGCAUUCCACUUUGGAGAAUUCGCGGUUACCGCUGGAUGGAAUCUGGAGAAAUGCAGUGUGGAAUCUUUUCUAUUGGAUAAUGGAUCUAUGUAUCAUAUAGCGAACGGUUCAGCUGUUCUUGAAUAUAUCGUGACUCUGUAUUUUAUACCGUCAUUCAAAACGAGAGCUUGGGUUUCGAUCCUUGGAAUGAUCAUGGUGCUGUUGGGCCAAUUCAUGCGCUCUGCGGCCAUGAUACACGCGUCGACGAACUUUUCACAUUCCCUUGCGUUCAGGAAGCUUGAAUCUCAUCGACUAGUCACUGAUGGAAUCUACGCGUACGUCGCCUGGUGCCGCCAUCCAUCUUAUGCAGGUUUUUUCUACUGGGCAUUGGGUACCCAGCUCGUCCUACAGAACUCUGUUUGUUUUGUUCUAUACUUUAUCCUGCUGUGGAGAUUCUUCUAUUCAAGAACCCGAACCGAAGAAAGGAUGCUCGUCAAGUUUUUUGGUGAUGAUUAUGUCAAAUACAGAGAUCGUGUUGGUACAAAGAUUCCGUUUAUCCCAUAG